GCUUACUCCAUUAAUAAGAUUUUAUUGUACAAUUAUACAAGGUAUGGUUUGGGAGUGCUAUAUAAUACAGUGGUAUAAUACUGCAAUUAUAUAUACACACGUUGUCCCAUCAUGGGACAAAUGAUUCACUCUAGAGUGUAGUUCACAUAAUACAGAAAGAUUCGGAUGACCUCAGCCAUCUUGAUCAUGAGAAAUUGACAUCAACAGAAAGGGCUAUGUGACAUGAAUGUAAGGCUUUCAAAGUUAUGACAAUUAUCGGUUCUUCUGUGUUAAAUGUUCGUAGAAAUUAAUGCGAUCCCUUCACAGGAUUUCUUUCAUUCUGAACAAAUAAUCCGGUUUCUCUUCUGAACCCUCUUUCUACACCCGUCCUCUGCUCUCGCGUAGGAAUGGAUUGCCAUGAGUUUCCCGUCGAUCGCAUGCCUUUUUUCAAAAGAGUGUCUCUGUCUAACCAAAUCCACGGACAUGUUUGUUCACGCCAGUCGAGAACUUCCAAACCAUCUCGACAGGAGCGGCAGCAGCGUGAUUGAUUGAGCUAAAUGCCUGCUCCUCGAGGCAUUUAGCUCUGCGUCGGCGGAAACAUAUUUUCCGAUAGAUUCGCAGGAGAUGGCCCAGUAUGGCCCGUCCAUCGUGUUGCUCCGCAUGCAGGCAGGAAGAUGUGGAGUGGAGCCUUCUUCGCCUUCUGAAUUUCCCUUCUAAGCUCGGUCCACCCGUGCAAUUACCUCGAGCGCCUAGCUAUGAGGAGCAUCUGAUGACCGCCAAUUUCAUUUACCCAAUUAUCCAAGACACCCUCGAUUCUCCUUCGUCUGCUCUCGCAUAGAAAUGGAUUGCCAUGACUCUCCAGUGAUCGCAUGCCUUGUUUCAAAAGAGUGUCUCUGUCUAACCAAAUCCACUGACAUGUUCCUUCACGCCCGUCGAGAACUUCCAGACCAUCUCGACAGAAGCGGCAGCAGUGUGAUUGAUUGAGCUAAAUGCCUGCUGCUCGAGGCAUCUAGCUCAAUUUAGUUCAUUUAGCUCUGCGUCGGCGGAAACUUAUUCUCCGAUAUAUUCGCAGGAGAAUGGCCCAGGACUGGAUCAUGUCCCGUCCAUCGUGUUGCAACACAUGCAGGCAGGAAGAUGUGGAAUGGAGCCUUCUUCGCCUUCUGGAUUUCAUUUCUGCGCUCGGUCCACCCGUGAACUUGCAAUUGCCUCGAGCGGCUAACUAUGAGGAUCAUCUCAGGACCGCCAAUUUCAUCUACCCAAUUAUCCGAUACACCCUCGACUCUCCUUUCGCUGCGCAUAAGUGCUCGCGCAGUCAGCAGAGAUUCUCUGUCAUCGAUGUUCUUCUUUCGAAUCCCUUGAGCCGAGAUCAGUGCCACUCGGUUCUUCUCGAACUCUCCCACGAAAUCAUAAUCACCGGAGCAGAGCUGGAGACAGUUCCUCAUUGCGUUCCAAUUGCUUGUUUGUCCGGGCCUGAAGGUCUAUGUCAGCUACGAACCUAGGCGAGAUCUUGAGCUCGCGUCCUACAAAUGUCCUUCCCACUGCAGGAAACGAAGUCAGUGAGUCUGAUCGGUCGCACGCUUCCACAAUUUUGAGCCUCGAAGCUUGCGCAGCGAGCACCGCGUGCGAGGUCCACGUACGGAUGAGGUCCUACUCUUUACGUAGUCAAGGUCCAGUUCCGGAUGAAGCCGUCACAGAUAUGCAAAGCUCUCCCUCUCCUUCUUUCCACGGCGGCUCGCAAACUUAUUUCUAUGCAAACUUUAUUCUAUACAUCGGAAGCUCGAGAAAGUGAGGCGACGACUGCCAGUCGAGUAACUGGAACUGCAAUUGCUGUGUGCAACACUUCUGAACCCCUUUAAAAAGGAUUGACGGCAGCACCACCAUCGUUCUAAGCAGAGAGCUUGUGGUUCACUUGUGGUUUCCCUGGCCGCUGUGAACAAGAAAGAGAUGGCAUUCAAAGUACAAGUUGGACCUGGUCCUCUUGUCCCCAUCGAAUGCUGCAGGAAACUACUCGCUCGAUUCUUCUAAGAGUGCAGUGAUCGUUGCAGUAACUGUUUUAUUGGGAGCAAGCACUUGCCUCUUAUGAGUUGUGCUUCUCUAAGGGGCGGUGUCUCGAACCAACGGCCUAGAGCUACAGCACGAUGUCAGCGUCAAUAGUACGUUUGAAGGCAGGAAAUAGGCAUUCGAAAGGUCCUCGGCUUGCAGUGAAGAUCAAUGGAGAUACUGCUGACAUGGUUUAAUCCAGUUUGAAACAGUUUUAGGACAGUGUAUAAUAAUCGAGCCAUAGGAUGUCGUGAAGUUCCAAUGACGUAUCAAGUAUGAUGCACAGGAAUUCCACUGAAGACCAUCCUCUUUUAGUCUAUAGACGAAACAUUAGUGACUGCAAGGUACAAUGAGAGUUCUGAUAUCACAGUUCUGACUCCGAGAAUUUCUUACGGACAGAGAGAAUCUGCUCCAGGUCUACAGCAGUGGAUUAUGCCCAGAGUGAAGUAUAACGCUAGCAGCACGGCAACUGUUGAGCUUUCCGACACCUCCCAUGCUAAAUCAGGCUCUGACAUCCAGGAAUUCCCUUCAUUUGCUUGAUAGACCGGAUGGCUUGACCUGUCAUAUAUUCCCUCGUUAUCUUUGAUUUGUUCUACAGAAUUACUGGAGCUGUGCCUGAUUCGGGCAACCUGGAUAACGUGAUUGAAAGGUCAAAGAUUCCUGGUUGAAGCAGGGAAUCAUCUCGUCGUGUCCACCACGUCAACUUGACACGAAAUGUUCGUCUAAACAGUGGGUGCCAAGGAUUGCUGUGACUGCAGAAGCGGUCAUCUGCCAGACUUGUUCACGCCUCACCUUGAAGCAGACGUUCGUGAAUUCGGAGAAAGAAGCUCUGGAUGAAGCUGUGUACACAUUUCCGCUGUACGAGGGGGCCGCGGUCGUGGCCUUCACUUGUACAGUCCAAGACCAGGUCAUUGUAGGCAAAAUCGAGGACAAAAGCACCGCUCGACAGGUUUAUGAGAGUGCGAAGGCACGAGGAAAUCGAGCGGCGCUCUUGGUGCAGAACCGUCCUGACAUCUGGACAACCGAGGUUUGCAAAAUACCCGCCGGCGCGAAGGUGGAGGUGGAGAUCACGCUCGUGGCCGAGCUCAAGCACGACAGCCAAGUCGAUGGCAUUCGGUUUGUACUGCCCACCAAAAUCGCUCCCAGGUACGGACAGCCGCCGGAGGGGAUGGGUGCCACCAUCCUCCCGGAUAGCAAAGGGUUUGAGCUGACGAUUGCGGUGAAGAUGACCUCUGCCAUCACCAGCAUGCAAUCGCCAUCGCACGCGAUCGUUGUGGGAUUGGGCAAUCACUCUCCCAGCACAACCCCGUCCAAGGAAGAGCACGAUGUCUGCAAAGGCUAUGUCACUCUCUCUCAGAAGGAUACAGCUCUGGACAAGGAUUUCGUCCUGAUCGUGUCGAGUGCCGAUAUCGGGCAGCCGCAAGCCAUCGUGGAGACUCAUCCAACACUCAGCAACAAUCAAAGGGCGGUCCUGCUCUCUCUUAUCCCCAAGUUCUACAUGGCACGGAUCAGACCUGAGAUUGUCUUCAUAGCUGACAGAAGCGCCAGUAUGCGACAGCAGAUACCGCAACUGCGGACUGCGUUGACGGUGUUCUUGAAGAGUCUUCCAGUAGGAGUGAAAUUCAACAUUUGCUCCUUCGGCAGUACGCACAGCUUCUUGUGGCCCAAGAGCGAGCUCUACAACCAGGUGAAUAUGGAUAUUGCACUAAAGCAUGUGCAGACCUUUAAGGCAGACCUCGGGGGCACGGAAAUGUUCCCUCCCAUGGAAGACACUCUGAAGAGGAGAUACAAAGAUCUCCAGACGGAGAUCAUAUUUUUGACGGACGGGUCCAUCUCCCGGGCCGAACCUCUCUUAGAUCUAGUGCAGAGGGAAUGUGCUGGCGGUGAUGUCAGAGUGUUUUCCCUCGGGAUUGGCGACUCUGUAUCACAUGCUCUGGUCGAGGGGCUGGCCAGAGCUGGCAGAGGGUACGCGCAGAUUGUCGGAAAUAACGAUAAGCUCGACGUGAAAGUGGUGCGGAUGCUCAAGGCUGCGAUCGGGCUGCACAUCGAUGGAUACAAACUCUCGUUUUCUGCAGGUGAUUGCGCGAGCCCUGCGACGACCACCAAAUCCGAGCACGACGGAGACGAGGCGUUCGAGAUGGUCGAGCGCGAAGAGAGCUCUGCACCAGCUCCGAAGGCUGAUGAAGCCCAACUGCAGCCGACUGUCAUUUCCCUGUACGACGAAUCAGCUUCCGCAGACGCGGAAAUAAUGCAGCCCACUUCGACGGACGUGUUCGGCCAUCUUCCAGCCCUCGCAGUGCCGACCAGGAUACAGACUCCCCACCGCAUUCCACCGCUCUACCCAUUCAACCGGACCACUGUCUACGUCCUUCUCUCGGGAUCAGAGCCAACUCCGGCAGUGAUCACCGUGUAUGGCACCACCAAAUCGGGCAUCCGACUAGAGCAACAGGUCGCUGUCAAAGAUGUGGGCGUGGGCACCACGGUCCAUCAAUUGGCAGCGAAGAAGCUUUUGCAGGAACUGGAGGAAGGGGGCAGCUACCUUCAUUCGGGCGAGUUCGGAGUGGAUCCGCAAUCAGAGCCGGGGAGGUUUGUGGACGUUGUCGAGAGAGAGGGCGUGAGAGUAGGCUUGACCUUCGGAGUGGCCGGGAAGUGGACCAGUUUUGUAGCUGUUGAAGUGAAGGAACCUCAAUUCGAACCUCAACAGUUUGAGUCGUUUUGCUCCACUUCAUUUCAAAAGGUGUCGAGAGCUCCUCGCUGUCGGAUGCCAAUAUCUAGUCAAUACGAGCGGGCGGACUGUUCGAAUUGUUCGCUCCUCGAGCGGGCGGACGUCAAUUCGCUUCUAUCAUCACUUUCGGCAUCACUUUCUUGUGAUGCCGAAUUGGCAAUGGUCAAGGACGAUUCGCUUAGAUCAGAACUUUCGGCAUUGGUCAAGCCCGCUAGUGCUAGAUCGCGUUGGCUUCGAUCAUCAUAUUCGUCAUAUUCGAUGGUCGCUAGUGUUGGAUCGGAUCGGGCUGUCUCUUUUGGGUGCCGGAACUCUUCCGGGUCACAGAGUGACAGUGAGCGGACUCAAGAUUCAAAGGAGAGCAAGCCUUAUCAGCUUUUGAGACUGCAGGCCUUCGAUGGCAGCUUCCCCUCGGGCUCAGGCGAGUGGGCCACUGAGAUCAUUAAGGCAUUCGAUGAGUGGGUUCAACAACAAAAGCAGGGCCUAGACAGUGCAGCACUCGUGGCUCUACCCAGAGAGAUGCUGGAGAAGCUGGUGGCUAGUGCGGUGGCCGCUGCCAUUUUCGAAGUGGAGCUGAACGAUUCUCGAGGUGUGUGGGAGAUGGCGGUGGAGAAGACAGAUGCUUGGGGUGUUGAGACGGCUGGAGAAGCAGUAUGGAAUGCAGUGAAAGCUUGGGCGUCUCAGCAAGUCGUCAUAGCGGGUAAAUUGAAAACGAAUGAUUUUUGGGCCACGUGGUGAUCCUCGUAGUCUGCUCUCCUUCGUCUGUAUAUCGAGCAUUGAUAACUCACGCUGUACAUAAAAAAAAAGCUUUAUGUGAGACCCACUUAUGCUGAAACUGGGCAUCUUACUAAGCUCUAGAGUUUAAUCUCCACUUGAUUCAGUUUCUAAGUUGUAAUAGAUGUUCCAGCAACUCUUUCUUC